AUGGCCACUUCACCGCUCUACCAUCACAUCAUACACAGAAUGUUGUACCUCUUUCCUCUUCUCUUCCUGGCGCUCACAGUGCAAGCACAGGUACGACGGCAGUUCCGAAGACCGCAAAGCACCCAGACCAAUGCUGUGGACAACUCGACGGUGAGCAAUACCAAUAUCACCGCGUUCACUGCCACGUUGCCAGUGGAUCAUAACGGCACAACGACGGAGAUAUUCGAGAAUAGGUAUUGGGUUGAUGACAGUUACUGGGUUGAGGGCGGGCCGAUUAUGCUAUUCGACGUUGGUGAAGUUGAUGCGGACACCGUCCUCCCCUACCUCAACCUAUCACACCAAACCGCACAAGCACGCGCCAACUCCGGCCUCCUCAUACUCUGGGAGCACCGCUACUAUGGCCGCUCCCUCCCCGCACUCCCGGCUACUGUCCUCCCCGACGACCUCAACGCCUACUACAAGUUCCACACCAUCGAGCAGGCGCUGGAAGAUGUUGCCGUGUUUGCACGCACCUUCACAUGGGGGAGCGCCACCGUCUCGCCCGGGCUUGUCCCGUGGGUGUUUGUGGGCGGGAGCUACCCGGGUGCGAGGGCGGCGUGGGCGCGGAAGCGCAACCCGGAGAUCUGGUACGCGGCGCUCGCCAGCAGCGCGGUCGUGCACGAAGCGCCGGAGAACCAAUAUUACUAUCAAGCGAUACUGAACGGGCUGAGAGAGCACGGGUAUGGGGCGUGUGCGGACGACAUGGUGGCGAUGGCGGCGUGGGUCGAGAGGGCCGACGAUGCGGCGGUCAUCGAUUGGCUGGUGGCCCUGAGCAACACGAGCGAGGCGGCGACGGAGUUCUUUGACCCGUCGAGUAUCAGCGCCCCUCUGACCGACUAUGUGACCGGGGCGCUGGGCAUACCGCUCACGGAGUACCAGGACUAUGCGUUCCAGAACGGCACCGGCGGGCGGGGGGAUCUGGCGGACUUUUGCGGGCUGAUGGCGCAGCUGAGUGCCGACGCCGGCGCGGAGGGGGGCGUGUUCGACAGUGCGCUGUCGGAGGCGGAGGCAGUCGCGCCGUAUGUCUCGGCCGCCGGCCUAGUGCUGAAGCGCCGGCUUGAUCUUACGGCCGGCUCGACCGUCUCGAAGCGGGACCUUACUCAUAUAAAUAUUAAUAUGUUCAAGCGCCAGGUCACGAACUCGACCGGCGGCGGCGGCGGCGGCGGCGGCGGCGGGGAGACUGUCAGUACCUGCGCGGAGAAUGCGGAGGAGUGCAUGCAGUUCCUGGACAGCAACUCCAUCAGCUGGACCUACCAGGUGUGCACCGACUUUGCCAACACGGUCACCGUCCCCGAGACCGGCGGCGGGCUGUACCCGCACAGGUUCAUCGGCCUCGAGGCCCUCUACGAUCACCGGUGCAAGGGCAACUUCAACCUCACCGCCAUGCCCGGGAGCGACAACAACGAGCGGUACGGCGGCUGGGCCAUGCAGAGCAGCAACACGUUCUUCGUCGACGGGCAGUACGAUCCGUGGCGCCCCGCGACGGUCAACAGCCAGGCCCCCGAGGCCCAUGGCCGGAGGAGGACGGAGGAGGUGCCGGCGGCGGGAGAGGUGUUGAAGGGUGGCGUAUUUGCGAUGGUGAUUGAGGGGGGGGCGCAUUGCCCGGACCUUGGCGGGGGGUGGAAUCGAUCUGGGAAGCCGGCCUUUGAUCUGUGGAACAAGGCGUUGAGCGUGUGGCUGCCGGCGUUUCAAGUUCAUGAGGUGAGCAAUGUGACGGCGGGCACUGGGGCGGGGUGGAGUCGGAGCUAG